AUGAACUCGAACCUGCCGCCGCCGCCAUUCGCCAAUAUGUACGCGUGCGAAUCCUGUCGCGAGGACAUUGGCUCUCUGCUGUCCAAAGGCCGACACCACUGUCGCAACUGUGGUGGCUCGUUCUGCGCCAACUGCACGACCAGGACGAUCAUCGUGCCCUACCAAGCCUACCUGACACGAGGAGAGUUGCGCGUGUGCGACGGCUGCUAUCACCGUAUCCAGAAUUUCCAGAGACAGGUGAAAAGCACGAGUGUCACGUGGAGUGGACUGCAGCCGCCGCCCAGCAGCGUGAUAGUCCGGGACUUUGAGCUGUUCGAGGACGAAGCGCCCGUGUCGAUCUUCAACUGCGCGCUGUUCCUCGAGACGACCCCGUUUUACGGACACCUGGUGCUGACACGCAAGCGCCUGUGCUUCCAGAGCUACGUCGACGGCAAGAAGCGUAAAGUCGCGUACGCACAGAUCGUGUCGCUUCUGAAGCCGCAGUUCUACUACAUCAACGGGCUGCAGGUCAAGACGAAGCGGAAGGAGACGUUCUUCCUGGCCGAGUUCAACGGCCUGCGCGAUACCUGUUUCCUCCGCCUCGACCAGCUGAUUCGAGCGUACCAGGAGGCGAGUAAGCGCAAAGGUUCGGGGCCAGGGAAGUCUCCCAGCUCCAAGGAACUGCGCAGACAAGCGCUGGACCGCAGACGCUCGUACAAGUUGAUUUCCGAGCAUAUCGUGAGUAGCGGGACCUCGGCCAACGCGCCUCUGCCGUCGACGUCUGCGAUUUCGACCGACGGAGGAGGCCACACAGACGACGGCAGGUCCACAGCGAGUGACGAAGAACCGUUCGAACCGCUACCUCCAGACCCGCUGCUGGGGAAGAUGACGGUGCUGCUGGACUGCGAGCUGCGUGCUGACGUCAAACGCGUCUUCGAUCUGCUGUGGAAUGAUGGUCCCGGGCAGGAAUUCUCGCACUCGAACAUGGAGAAGGCUCGAAACAUUGACAUCGACAUUGAGUCGUGGAAGCCUCUUGACAAGGCUGACGCUGUGACGGCUGCGGAGGUUCGCAAAGGGUUUGAGAUCUCCAAGGAGGACGACUACACGCUCUACCGCAUGGUGCGCUCGCAACACCCUCCCAAGACCUCGUUCCCUGGUCUCCCGCCCUACGCGGGAUGCACUCGAACCCAGCGAUUUCGUCUGGAUAAAAGCUCCAACGGCGGAGACAAGUGGGACCGCUUCGUCAUCACAGAGCUGAACCGGAUGAGCAAAAUCCCCUUCAGCGACUACUUUGAAGUGGAGAUGCGCUUCGUUUUCUCUCGGGACGGCAACAAUUACUGCCAUGUUCAAGCUGGUUUGGUGGUGAAUUUCCUCAAAGCCACGUGGUUCAAGUCGCAGAUUAACUCGUCGACGCGAUCCGAGUCUAAAGAGGCUCUGGAGUCGUGGGCGAAACAAGCGAUCGAGUUCCUGGAGUCUCAACGGAAUCGAGUCGUGCCGCUCUCUCCGACGCUCCGAGCGCUAUCUGCUGACAGUUUUAACGAGCUCGAGUCGGAACCAGGAAGUGCCGUUCAUCCAGUUCUCAAACGUGCUGCGUCGGCCCCACGGUCAUUGGUGCAGUGGCUACUGUUGGGGUUGCUGCUGUACGGACUUUUUCUCCUUCGCGGACAUCAGGCACAAACGCAGCAGCUCACUGAUGCGACUACAAAGUUACUAGAACACCUACAAGAGCAGCAGAGGUUCAUGCACGAACAAGCUCUGAAGCUACAACAAAGAUGCGAAGGUCCGUCUGUUGAAGCGGCUUUGGAGACGCUCCAAAGGUUCGUAGACACCUCAACAAAGUAA